AUGGAAAGGAAGGCCCUUCAGAUCCUCAAGGACGGACUCGAGUCAGAAGGUGGCGUGGCCUUGAUUCCUUCAUUCUCCGUGAAAGUGAAGUGGGGCCAGCAUGACCUUCAAGGCCUGGGUAACAUACGGAAGUUCCUCGCGAAAUAUCCGGAACUCUUCAGCCUGGAAGGAUCAACUGUCACCCUGAGUCAGAGCUUACUGCGCAAGGACGAGGCCCCUAAGACCACCAGCAAAUCUGCGCCAAAAGCACCACCUUCAUCCCUAGGCAGGAGGAGGAUUGCAGAGGAUAUCGAAGAAGGACAAGGCAGCAAGAUGCCUCGACAUGCCGGAGCUCCCACAUCGAAGGCCUGGGCCGUCGAGGUUCCGAACGAAACCAACGGUACCAGCUUGGGGAGGGCCAAGCCAGACACUGCACCGAAAGCUUCCAAAGGCAUGGCACCGAAGCCAAAACACACAUCUGCUGCAUCUGCUGCCGCAUCUGCAAAAUCAGCACCUGCGGAUCCAAGCGGCUCUGCCGGCUCAGAUGUGCAAGACGUGGAGCCUGCACCGUGGCAUAGCCGUCGGCGGAUACAAGCCGGUUCGAUGGGUGCCGGUGCCCUCAAGGAGACGACUUGGGAGGAGGACGGCCUGAGUGAUCAGGAACUCAUGCACGCGAUUACCUCCAGCAAAGCCCGUGGAAUGGAACUGGAGCUGGCAGAGCUCCUGAAGAAGCUACAGCCGACGGAUGAGUACAAAAGAGAAUGUCAACGUGCUUUGCUCUUGCUGAGGGCUGCAUUUGCUCAAGAGUUCCCACCAACACUGACGAGUAAGGCCCCGAAGCUGGAGAUCAUUGGUUCCUGUGCUCAAAACACGGAGCUGAACGGUUCUGAUGUGGAUGUAGCCUGCAGGCUUUCAGAUCUGAGUGCGGAUGAGCUGGACACAAAGCUAGCAAAGCUUUGGGCGCGCCUGUUUUCAGCACCCCAUUCCACACACCUGCUGGCUUUGGAUGCUACCCGUUUGUUCCCCCAUGCGCCCUGCCAAUUUUCGAUCCAUCUGAAAGCGGGUGCGCCGCGAUUUCAUGCUCACCUUCUUCUGGUCGGUCCCCAAUCCGGCCAGGGCCAAGAGUCGCUCGACUCCAUGCUUCGCAGUCUCUGUGAUUGUUGCAGCAAGGCCAGGGACCUGAUUCGGCUUGUGAAGCUCUGGGCUCGAAACCACGGCUUGAUGAACCACCGUGAAGGUUACAUGAAUGGGGUCGCGUGGACGGCUUUUGUUUUGUGCUUCCUGCAGAGGGAGCAGUACAUCCCACCGCUGCAGACAGUUCUGGAGGAGAAGAAGCGAUCUGAGAUACCUACUGCGAGCUUGCGGGAGUUGCUGCUCAGAUUUUUCCAGUACAUCUGUGCUCCGCAAGCCAAAACGCCAAGAGGUCUUUCUCUGAUGGAGGGAAAGGAUUGUGAGGCAGCUGUACCUCCUCCUUCUCAUAGCGGGCCUCCGCCACCCCUGUACAUACAGGAUCCAGUGCAGUUCAGGCAGGGAUCCGACCAGAACAUCGCAGCCACGCUUACGGAAGCACCUUGGGCGCGUAUCCUUGAUGAAUCCAGACGAGUUGCUGAGAGGCUUGACCCUUCCAAACCCCAGCGUUGGUUCUAUUGGGCUGAAAUCUUCGAUCCGCAAGGGCUGGCAUCGGGCGCAGGAGGUAAGCGACUUCCGAAGCUUGGCGACGUGAAAGUCCCUUCUGACGAGCAGCCUGUCUUGCUUGAUGGUGCCUCCAGUGCAGUUCCCGCCACGAGCACAGCGGAUGCAACUGGCAGAGGACGUGUGGAAGCGAGCCGCAGCGAGAACUCUUAUGGAGCUCCUGCGGAAGCUCCGCAGGCACUGCUUGAAAACAAGGUGGGUAAAGAGAGCUGGCCCGGCAAAAGCGGAUGGUGGUUGUCUGGCAAAGGACCAGCCGCGCACACGUCGCAUGCCUAUUAG